UCCCAGAAUGUACGUAGCACCUUAGCACCCACACAGAAAGCCUGUCAAAAUUAGCUUUAUGCUUUAGCUUCCUGGUCAAUUUCUUUGCAGUUGCUAGCCAACCACAGCUAACAAUAUUCAACAUCAGACGAAAUAUGAACAAUAACCACUCAUAAAUCAUAAAAACAAUAUCGCAAAACCUACACUAAACCCCCAUAACCGAGGCUACACGCUACAUCCUCACUGGUAUUCGAUCAUUUCCCCCCCGAGGCUAACCGCUUAGCAUCCUAGCACAGACCCGCACAAACGCCCGGGUUAGCCUCGUUAGCCACCUUAGCGCGCUAACCGUCAAUUAAUAACGAAUUUAUUAAUCCAUAAAUGCAUAAAUUCAUUGCUUUAUGGGCUUCUAUAAGCCAUAUAGCCCUGUAGGUUUUAAUAACAAGCCAUUAAAUAUCAUAUAAACGCGUUAUGAUUAUGAUAUAGCAUAGUUAGCUUAUGAUUAUAACAUAAUGCUAAAUAUCAAUGUAAUGUAAUGAAGGAGGGGGAAUCGGCCGCCAUCUUAGGUGCCGUCGUCAUGGAGGCGUCGCCACGGCGACCGCCAUGGCAACCGCCGGGGGAAACCCGGAAGCGGACGCGGGGUUAGCAGGAGGGUAGGCGUUUGUUAGCAGGGGUUAGCAUUGAGGUGUAGGCUCCGAUCGGAGACCGUAAAGGACGCCGGGAAAGGCGCUAUAUGUGUUUAUACAAUGGCGGUUUUUGACGUCUACUCGCACCCGGCGCUGGUUAGCUACAGGGCUAGCGUGUGCACGAGGGCUACGCUAUUCGCGUGCGCCGCCGCGUGCCUCACGUACGUCGCGCCGCUGCUCGUCGCCUACAGGAGUCAAGGCUUCUGGCUAAAGCGCAGCACCUACGAGGAGCAGCCUAGCGUCGGGUUCCGAUACCAGAUCCUACUGGUCGCGGCUACCGCUACCGGCGGCGGCUACGUAGCCUGGAGCACCUUCCCCAACUUCAACGCCCUGCAGGGGGGUCACCUCCGGAUCCCCGCCGUGUCGGCCCGGGAGGAGGACGUGAACCGGGACGGCAAGCCCGACCGCCUGAACCUCCGGAUCGACGUUCCCUUGACGGCGGACGAGCAGGUCUACAGCGUCCAGCUGCUGCUGACCUUCUCCUACCGGCUCUACAGGAUGUCGGCGCUAACCAUGCAGACGCUGGUUCUCGUCCAGCACGCCUCGCCGGUCGCGGGGUCGCGGCUCUUCCUGGACGGGGACCUGCGUCUGCGGCAGAGGACGCCGCUCCCGCACCGGGGGGAGCACACCGCUUACAACGUGUCCGUCAUCGACGGCAGCAGCCCAUUCGCCGCCGCCUACGACCUGGCGGCCGUCAUCUCCGCCUACCAGGAGAGGAACCUCACCACCUUCCUCUCGUCCCCGGGGCCGGUGUGGACGGUGGGCCGGGCGGCCGGGACUCCUUUCCGGAUCAGCGCCGUGAUACGCUACCCCACGGAGACCAUCAGCUACCAGCCGGGAUUCUGGGAAACGGUCAAGUUCGCCUGGAUCCAGUACGUUAGCGUGCUGCUAAUCUUCCUCUGGCUCUUCUCCCGGCUCCAGACCUUCGUCUUCCAGAACCAGGUCCUGCCCACGGUCCCGGCGCCACCCCGGAAACCGCACCAGCUGUGAUCCGAGCCCGCGACCCGGGCGGGGAUAGGGCUCCUGACCCCCCCCCACCGCCCUUAGCAGAACGCUAA